CUGAAAGUCAACAGCGCAGUGUUCGUAUCAUCGCUGCCUUCAACGAUUCCCCGUAUCCGAACAAGAUCCAUCUUCUAUCUAUCUGAAGGCAUCACACUCCAAGAUAGUGUAUAAUAUAUAAUAUUAAUUAUUUCGAAAUGAGCUCAACACAUGUGAUGCCUGCCAUCACAGUAACCGAAGAUGAGAAUCCAUCGAAAGCGAAAGUAUCAGUGGUGCCAAUUGCUUCGGUCACAUUCCCACCCAAGUUCGAGUACAAAGUGGUCUCCAAAUCGCCCCGGAUAGCCACCAUAAGCAAUUUAUUAACCACUGAAGAAAUGCAAUCGAUUAUAGCCAUUGCGAAGCCAAGGUUAAAAGCCAGUCGUGUUGUGGGUGAUGGUGUCAACUCCAGUGCUCGCUCCAGCACAAGUUGUAGGAUACCCCGGGCACAUAAAGAUGUGAUGAGUGUGCUUAGACGAUUGUCCGAGAUAACCGGAUACAGUAUUGAUAAUUUCGAGACCAUCCAGGUGGUGCACUACGAUGAGACACAAGAGUACAAAGCUCACAAUGACUGGUUCAAUCCGAAUGGGGAAACCUACGCCAGCCAUAUGAAGAACGGUGGACAGCGCUUGAUCACAAUAUUCUGUUACCUCAACGAUGUUACAGGAGGUGGCGAGACGUGUUUUCCCAAGCUGGACUUGAAGUUCGCUCCACAUGCAGGUCAUGCAGUGCUGUGGUAUAACAGGAGGAGGAAGGAUGAGGAGGGUGGCGCUGGAAUGGAUGACAGAGUGCUGCAUGCCGGUACCCGGGUAACAGGUGGAGAAAAGUGGGGCAUGAAUGUUUGGAUACGCGAACGAAAGUAUAUAAAGAAGUAGUUAAAACUGAGUACAGCAGCGAAAGGGUUGUGGCACGGCAGUAUGUUUUUUCGUUUUCAGACGGAGAGUGUAAUUAUUGAGAAGAGAAUCGUUCUUUCAAAGUUUUUG